AUGACAAACUUGGUGCAUUACUCCAACUCGUGCAAGGAUCAAAUCAUGUUGUUUCCUUGGGGCCACUCACAACAGUCACACUCCUCCCUCCUUUUGCCAGAAUUCUCAUUCUUGAAGCCCAUUUCUGAUUUCACUCUCUGGAAUCUCACAUUCAAGAUCGCUACAAUUUUUGACCCGAAUUCAGUGGAAUCGAGGAGGUUUUGCGGUGGGAAAAUGAGGGAUUGCGGUGGCAUGGGUAUGGAGGAAGAGAUGGAGUCUGAGAUGAGCAGAAGGGUUUUGGUGAUGCAGAAGAGGUACAUAAGCUAUGACACUUUGAAGAGGGAUUUGGUGCCGUGUGAUACCCCAGGUGAUUCAUACUACAACUGCAAGGGCCCUGCCGCUUCUCACCCUUACAGCAGAGGGUGUGAGAUUAUCACCAGGUGUGCUAGAGGAGAGGUCAGUGAUAUCAAUUCCUGA